UACGUCUUGAAAACAUACAAUUCGGAAAGAAAAAUGGCACCUACUGAACGUCUCUCACCGAAGGUUGAUGUCAACAACUUGACAUUUGCGUUCCCGGAUGGCAGUACUGGUCUUCAAAAGGUCGCUUUGGAGCUGCCCGCAAACAGCAGGACCCUGCUGAUCGGCGCCAAUGGUGCUGGAAAGACCACUUUGCUUAGACUCUUGUCUGGAAAGCGCAUGGCACCGAAAGGAACCGUCAGCAUCGCAGGCAUUGAUCCUUUUGCUGAGGGUCUCGAGGGUGUGACGUAUUUGGGCAUGGAAUGGACAUUGAACUCAAUCACUCGCACUGAUAUCGAUGUGCCGACACUACUGUCAUCAGUAGGCGGUGAUGCCUAUCCCGAGCGAAGGGAUGAGUUGGUCAAGAUCCUCGAUGUUGAUCUGAAAUGGCGUCUUCACGCCGUCUCUGACGGUGAGAGAAGACGUGUUCAGCUGUGUAUGGGUCUGAUCAGGCCAUGGACCGUUCUUCUGUUGGACGAGAUCACCGUGGAUCUGGAUCUGCUCUCUCGUUACAACUUUUUGCAAUUCCUCAAGAGAGAGACCGAGUCUCGUCCUUGCACCAUUGUCUACGCAACACAUAUUCUGGACAACUUGGCCGACUGGCCUACUCAUCUUGUCCACAUGUCUCUCGGAAAGGUGAGACAGUGGGGUGCUAUGGAGACCUUUGACGUCGAGGGCGCCCAAGGUGGUCGUUCUGGCAACAGUCUUUUGGGAGAGCUUGUCCUGGAGUGGCUACGUGAGGACCUCCAGGAGCGUGGUCCGCGUAACGGCCAGCAGUCAGAGAGCAAGACUUACGAUUCUCAUGAAGGAAAGGGUGGUUACGGUCAGUUGAAGGCUCCUCCACGUGGCGCUUAGAUCGCCUGAACAAGAGCAUAUUAAAAUCGAGCAUGGCGUUUACGGAGCAGGGAAAUUUAUCAUGAUACAGGUAGUAGCCCAUUCAACAUAGAGGCAUAAUUCACUAGACAUUGCAUGACACGAACAUUGGCCAAAAAUUUGAAUGAGGAG